UCAUGUGUCCGCAGGUCCGGCUGGCUGUCAGCUGACAAACACAGACCGCUUUGUGAUGUUUACUUGUGGUGCGGUAGUCGACAAAUUGUGAAUGAAUGAAACGCUAUGCGUCGCCGAGGAGAACCAUGGUGAUCGUAAACUCGGUGCUGAAGCUCGUGCAGAGGCAGACGUACACCUGUCUGUCCCACCGUUACGGACUGUACCUCUGCUUCGGAGGUAUCGUCCUCAUGAUAGUUUCCGCUUUCCAGUUUGGAGAGGUGGUGGUGGAGUGGAGCCGGGACCAAUAUCAUGUGUUGUUUGACUCCUACAGGGACAAUGUGGGUGGGAAGUCUUUCCAAAGCAGGCUCUGCCUGCCUAUGCCCAUCGAUGUGGUGUACACGUGGGUGAAUGGCACAGACACAGCCCUGCUGAAGGAGCUGAAGGCUGUCAGGGAGCGACUGGAGGAGGAGCAGAAAGCUCUGAGGGAGCGACUGGGGAAAAAUGCAAGUGAUACAACGGAAGUGCCAAAAGACAGCGGUAAGCCGGAAUGCCUUCUGUCCCACUGCAUCAUAGCGCCCAUGCUAGCGCUGGACCCAGCUCUGCCAGCCAACGUUACUGUGAAGGAGCUGCCAUCGCUCUCCCCCUCCUUCUCCACUGCCAAGGAGCUGCUGCUGGUGAACAAACCCCAUCACCCCUCCACCACCGUCUCUGUGCUCAUCUUCCAUUCGCAGGCCGAUGCUGAUAAAGCCUACACAGAUUUGUCCAGAGAAGACCCGAAACGCUCCGUAUCCAGAUGUUACCUGACGACAGAUAAAGACGCUCCAGGCCUGGUGCGGAUGCAGACUCUGGCAUAUCUGAGUGGUUUCCCAGCGUCCUUCAAGGAGACGGAGCAGCUCAGAGUCAAGCUGCCCUCCGUCAUCACCAGUAAGAUCAAACAGUUUGAGCUGUACUCAGAGGCCAGCAUCGCCCUGCUUCACCUGAAAAGCCCGCAGGACUUCACUGACCUGACUCAGCAAGCCAAAAAGAACCUGACUCUGGAUGGGAAGGAGUUAACCAUCAGCCCGGGCUACUUGUUCUGGGACCUUACUGCCAUUUCACAGUCUAAACAGGAUGAGGAUGUUUCAGCGAGCAGAUUUGAGGACAACGAGGAGCUCCGCUAUUCGCUGCGCUCGGUGGAGAGACACGCCCCCUGGGUCCGACACAUCUUCAUAGUGACUAAUGGGCAGAUUCCCUCCUGGCUCAACCUGGAUAACUCCAGAGUUACUGUUGUCACACAUCAGGACAUCUUCCUGAACCACAGCCACCUGCCCACCUUCAGCUCCCCCGCCAUAGAGACCCAUAUCCACCGUAUCCCAGGCCUGUCGCAAAAGUUCAUUUAUCUCAAUGAUGACGUGAUGUUUGGCAAGGAUGUCUGGCCAGACGACUUCUUCAGCCACUCCAAAGGACAGAAGGUUUACCUCACGUGGCCUGUUCCCAACUGUGCUGAGGGCUGCCCAGGAUCCUGGAUCAAAGAUGGCUACUGUGACAAGGCCUGCAACAACUCAGCUUGUGACUGGGAUGGAGGAGACUGCCUGGGUACGGGAGGAAACAGUCGGUUUGUGGCUGGGGUCGGUGCAGGCGGGCCUGGGGGACCUGGUGGUCACGCAUGGCAGUUUGGAGGUGGUCUCGGUGGUUUAGGGGGAGUUUCCUAUUGCAAUCAAGGCUGUGCCAACUCCUGGCUGGCAGACAAAUUCUGUGACCAAGCCUGCAACGUGCUUUCCUGUGGAUUUGAUGUCGGGGACUGUGGCCAAGAUCACUUUGGCCAGCUGCACCGUGUGACCCUACUGAGGAAUCAGAGCCUGUACACACUCCCAGUUGGGGAGAUCAGGCCCAUUUUCAGUUUUGACAGAGUGGCCCGCAGGGUGUCCGAGGCCCAUGUCAGUGACAAUCCAGCGGUGCGCCACACCUCUGUGGCCAACAAGUGGAAGACCAUUCAUCUGCUGCUUCAGCCGGGCCACAACGCCACCCAGAUCCACUACAACCUCACCUUCCAGAGAGAAGACGACACAGAGUUCACGCUAAGCUUCAGCGUAGCAGUGGACACGCGUGAAGUUCCUCAGGCUAACGUGUCCCAGGCUGCCAGCAAAGAUGGAGAAAAAGAGCCAAAACCAUCCCCCACCCCAGAGCCACCGUUCCCUUUCUCAGAUAUCCCAGAGGACAGAAGGGCUCCCAAGAUACAGAGAACCCGUCCUGGGCAGCCUGAGGUGGUUGUAGAAGUGCCUGCUCUGAAUGUGUCACUGUUGCCAGUUGUAGUGCGUAGUGAGCUUCAGAGGUUGGAGGAGAAGCUUCUCAUUGGUGACAUUACCUUGAAGGGUUAUAACCUCACCAAGGCUGCACUGUUGGAUCCCUAUAAGACAUUGGUUCAGUCCCUCCCAAAGCAACAGAAAAUGGAUUCACAGCUAGGUAGCAAGGGUGAAGCCAAAGCCCGGGAGAAUCCAGCUAAAGACUUGGAGGCUGAGCAGUUUGAGGGAAAGCUGCCUGUAGUGGCUGAACCUGCACAUCAGGAGAAUAUUAUACACAAAAAGGACAACAGCCCAAAGUCAAAUGAAGAAAUGUUAAAGAAAGACAUUGUUAACCAAGACAAAGCAAAACCUGUGACGCCUCUUGUUCCAGUCCGUAUUGAUGAUGAGCUUCACAAACACCCAGGUGUUGACCCAGUAUCUCCCAAACCUCAUGAUGCAGAUGCCAUAAAUGAGAAGCCUCAGUCAUCCAAGCUAUUAAGCACACUGGUGGGCAGCAUUUCCAAAAGUAAGGUCCCAGAUAGCCAAGCAGAGCAGGCCAAAGCUGCAGGAGGAGCCCCAGUGAGAAGGAGACUCCAACACUACACCGCCUCAGAUAGAGGCUUCCUGCCUUGGGAAAGGAGGAAGUACUUUCAGGACCUGCUUGAGGAAGAGGAGCGUCUUCAGAGAGAGCUGAUGUACGAGGCUGAUGGCGCUGCCACUGGCCGAAGGCUGCAGGACACUUUCGCUGACUCACUGCGCUAUGUGAAUAAGCUGCUUAAUGGCCAAUUCGGCUUCACCUCCCGAAAAGUCCCUGCACACAUGCCCCACAUGAUCGACCGGCUCAUCAUGCAGGAACUGCAGGACACAUUCCCAGAGGAGUUUGACAAGACGUCGGCCCACCGUGUUCGUCACUCAGAAGACAUGCAGUUUGCUUUCUCCUACUUCUACUUCUUGAUGAGCGCACUGCAGCAGCUUAAUGUCUCCCAGGUGUUCGAUGAGAUCGACACCGACCACUCGGGCGUUUUGUCUGACCGUGAGAUUCGAACCCUCGCCACAAGGAUUCAUGAGCUGCCUCUUAGCCUCCAGGACCUGACCAGCUUGGAACAAAUGUUGAUUAAUUGCUCUAAGACACUGCCAACUAACCUGACCCAGCUCCACCUGGUCAACCCCACGCAGGAGGCCUACUAUGACCCCAGCAUGCCUCCGGUCACAAAAGGCCUUGUCCUCCACUGUAAGCCCAUCACAGAACGCAUUCACAAGGCGUUCAGAGACCAGAACAAGUACAAGUUUGAGAUCAUGGGGGAGGAAGAGAUAGCUUUCAAAAUGGUGCGGACCAAUGUGUCGCAUGUGGUUGGCCAGUUAGAUGACAUCAGGAAAAACCCCAGAAAGUUCAUCUGUCUGAAUGACAACAUUGACCACAGCCAUAAAGACGCUGCUACAGUGAAAGCAGUGCUGAGAGACUUCUAUGAGUCCAUGUUUCCUCUGCCGUCCCAGUUCGAGUUGCCCAGAGAAUACCGCAACAGGUUCCUGCACAUGGAAGAGCUCCAGGAAUGGCGGGUGUACCGGGACAAGCUGAAGUUCUGGACACACUGUGUCCUCGUGACGCUCGUCAUCUUCACUGUCAUCUCCUUCUUCGCCGAACAGCUGAUUCUGCUGAAGCGUAAGCUGUUCCCCAGACGCAGGGUCAACAAGGACAACAACCCCGAGCGGGUAUGAAAAACGGAAGACUUCCUUCUUCUCUCCUUUCUGCACCUUAACCUCCAACCCCCCUCUCCCUCUCCCUGCCCUCCCUGCCUCCCUCUCACUCGGUGGAGAGGAGAGGAGAGGGGAGGAUGCAGAGUGGGUGACCGAGUGGAAAAACAGGAGCUGCGGUGUUGAAUAUGAAGUCCUCGGUCGCUGCAUUGCAUCAGCACAGACUGAGGACAGAAACUCUUGUGAAACAGUGAUGAAACUUGUGUCAGACCAUGAUGGAUGGGGCUGACCAAUGAAGACUUGAAGACGUGAGAACAGUAGCCAGUGGCCUGUCACUCCUCCCUACCUCCUCUGGGGGCACCCGAGACUCACAUAACUCACACACACACACACACACACACACACACACACACACACGGACACAAACACUCUCCCCAGACAUUGCCAACAAUGUACCACCUUCCUCAUGUCCUGCCCUAGCCAUGAGAUUGAUGUGCUGUUGAAGUGUGAACCAUUUGAUACAGCAGCGGGUCAGCAGGACUCCUCUGAAGUGUGUGUGCGGAGUUCACCGUGAAAACAACAAACCGGUGUGUCUGGCAUUCAGAGCUUGGACUUAAACGAAGACGUGAGGAGUUGAAAUGGGAUUAAUAGGAAUAAUUGUUGGCCAUUUUUUACCUUUGUUGUCUGUUGUCCUCUGAAAAACAUGAAGUGCCUUUUUUGUAUUUGUCUGAGACGUUCGGAUUGUUCCCACAAUGCAUUCCUGCUUGUUUAUACGUCCUUGUUUACCUUUCAGCCUGGUUUGUCUUUUAAAAUGUCUUCUUAGAUAUUAUGGCCAAUACAUAUCACACAUCUAGUAAUUUAGAAUGGGAAUGAAUGGGAUUAAUCUAGCUAAUGAUGUGGUAAAUAUAAAAUUCAUGAAUGUCGGAAAGGUAACGGUACACCUAGCUCUCACAGCCGCCCAUAUGUGUGUCCCCGUGGGACUCGAUAGGCUCUCUAGUGUCUGAAAUUCAGACCCCCUCAGCAUGCUCUGACUUAAAUUAUUUUGAUUGUAUUAUUAUACCAAUGAGCCAAGUCACUAAUUUGAAUGCCAUAGAAUGAUAUUUUAGCCUCACAACAUGCUCUUGUGCUGUUCCUCAGUUUCCUCGGAAUGACUCCAUGCCUUUAGGACUGUCGUUUUGUCAUAUUUUCAUGUUAGGGCUCUUUGUUACAGGGACUGACAAACAUGAGGUGACUGCUUGAUAGUUGGUGUUUUGCUGCUGCAUUGUAAGUCAAAUUCUGUAAUUUGGUGGUAAGCAGUACCACACAUGCAUGAACACUGAGUAAAAUAUAUUUGGAGAUAUGGUGGAUUUCCGUUGGAUGUUUGAGAGUCCAGCGGUUCUUCUCAGACUGAAAUAAAAUGCAGCUCGGUCAAUGUUGUCGGUUUUUGUCAAUACAGACACGACAGAAUGAAUGAAAAAUAUUUAUUUAUUACAAUCUCUCCCACUCAUGUAUUUGUUAGUAGAAAGGUAUUUUACUGUAUUACCGAACAGUGCAACAUGAUGUUAAAAUCAAGCUCGUACCUUUCAAUGCAUAGUUUCAAAGUCCAUCAAUGUUUAGGCAACAUCAUCUUGUAGGACAUACCCUUCAACAAGUUGCAUUAUCCUUCAGAAGGGGACAGGAUUAUUCAUUUAUUUUUCCAAAUAACAAAAUCAUACAUUUCUUACCCUUAAAUAGAUAGCCUUUAAUAGUCAACCUGCACCAUAGCAAAAUCCCUUUCUAUCCUAAUGAGGCUGGAGUAAUGACCACGACAUGAUCAUACAAGAGCCACAUUCCAGUCCCAGUCAGACACUACAACAAUUACCAAAUUACCAACAAUUCAACAAAUAAUUUUUCAAGAACCAAAUGAUACAUUCACCUAUACAUGGUAUACAUUUGUAUAAAUGAAGAUAAUUAUGUCAAGUGUGAACAGUGAAAAUAAAAAAACAGUAGCUUUGUAUCAUAUAGCUAUAGUGUUUGCAUCUUGAAUGACACUUCAGUCAUCACGAUACUGUUGAUUCAUUUGAUUUCUGCAGUCUACA